UUUGUUUUUAAACGGGGCACAGAUGUUUAGACAGAUGGCUAGCACGUCUGCCUCAGGCUGCCUCUGUGUGAAUGCUAUGUCAACAGAAGGCCAAGAGAUGUACUUGCUAUUUGAUCAAACUGCAAGACGCUCUCCAUACAGGAAAAGUAGGAUCCUAGCACGCCAACAGCUUCUGACUAAAAUUCAACAGGAGCGUGAAGCAAAAGAGUCCUGUGCUUGGUUACGGGCUGCUGGAUUCCCCCAGUAUGCUCAACUUUAUGAAGAUUACCAGUUCUCUAUUGAUAUUGCUGCUGUGAAGAAAGACCAUGAUUUUCUUGACAAAGACCUUGUAGAAACUCUUUGUAGACGACUAAACACACUGAAUAAAUGUGCCUCAAUGAAACUUGAUCUGAACUUCCAAAGAAAAAAGAGUGAAGACUCAGAUGAAGAAGACCUUUGUGCCAUCAGUAAUAAAUGGACUUUCCAAAGAGCAAGCCAGCGAUGGUCUCGAGUGGAAGACUCUGAUGCCUUAAUUCAUCAGUCAGGCAAACAUGACUUUCAAGGGGACAGUAAAAUGAAAAUCACAACCAGCAAUGAAAGUGUACUUACUGAUUUGAGUGAGCCUGAGGUGUCAUCUAUUCAUAGUGAGAGCAGUGGAGGAAGUGACCAUAGGAGUCAGUCUGGAAUCACAAGCCUCUUCAGGGAAACUAACUGUUCAGGACAAUACUGUGUCAAAAACAUUUCUGCGCAGGGUGGUCCUUCUUCCCAGCUUUCAGAAGUCUCUCCCAACUUCAGGAAUGAGAAAACAACACGAACUAGAGCAAAAACCUUUCUGAAGCGUAUGGAGACAUUAAAACCCAAAGGACAACAUGGAAAAUUAAAAGGCUCUGGAUUGACUAGUGUCUCAGUCAUUGGUACACCUGUUCUGCAACAUGAGCCCAGAACCUUAAAGGAUAUGCAUUGCAUGCAAGUGGAGAAUGGAGACUUCCAAAAUAAAACAGUUGCACUCCAAGAUCCAGUCCGACAAGGGUCUCCAUUUUCUGCCAAUUAUAGCAGUGAAAGCAGCCAACUGGAGAUUAACAACAGUGCCGUAAGCACUCCUUCCUUAAAAGAACACAAAUACCAUGAAGCAAAUAAACGGGGUGGCAUGUACCUAGAAGACCUAGAUGUUCUUGCAGGAGCAACAUUGAGGCAAGCGAUAGAUCAAAACUGCAAAAAUGAAUUUCACUCCCAAGAAAACCUAAUAUUUCAUAUUCCCAAAGACCACAAACCAGGAACAUUUCCUAAGGCACUUUCUAUUGAAAGUCUCUCGCCUACAGACAAUGUCCUGAACUGGAAGAGAGACAGCGUUUCAUUAACCAACAAGACAUCUAAAGAACACAAACCCCUUGUUUCCUGUUCAAAGGAAAGUAGAGUUAGCAUUUAUGACAAUGUUCCAGGUUCUCAUUUAUGUGCCAGCACAGGGGAUCUUCUGGAUCUGGAAAGGGAAAAUCUUUUUCCUCAUUUGGAUGAUAUUUUGCAACAUGUCAAUGGACUUCAGGAAUAUAUUGAUGACUGGUCAAAAAAUGUAUUACCAGAACAAAAAAAUAAUGCUUUAUCCAUUGGUGAAUGUGAGUCGUUAUCAUGUCAGUCACCAAGUAAAAUUUCUUUAGAGUUUGAACAGAACUCAGUGUCUGAUGGCCACACAACACCAAGUGAUACCGACCGAGAUGGAACAUCUCUCAAUGAAUCAGAAGCUACUGGUGUCAGAGAAAGAAGAGACUCUGGUGUUGGAGCAUCCCUUACCAGACCAAACAGGCGAUUACGAUGGCACAGUUUCCAGAUCUCUCACCAACUUAGCCAUGCUCUAGGAUCUCUCCAGAUCAGCAGUCAGUCAGCUGCUCAGUUAAAUCUGCUACAAAAAUUUUCCCUGCUCCGACUUACAGCAAUUAUGGAAAAAUACUCCCUGUCAAACAAGCAUGGCUGGACAUGGUCUGUCCCGAAGUUCAUGAAGUGGAUGAAGGUUCCAGAUUACAAGGAUAAGAACAUAUUUGGUGUGCCUUUAAUAGUCCAUGUGCAAAGAACAGGGCAACCCCUUCCACAGAGCAUACAACAAGCCUUGCGAUAUUUACGUAAUAAUUGCCUGGAUCAGGUGGGCCUUUUCCGUAAGUCAGGGGUGAAAUCACGAAUACAAGCACUGCGUCAGAUGAAUGAAAGCUCUCCUGAAAAUGUCAGCUAUGAAGACCAGUCUGCAUAUGAUGUGGCAGAUAUGGUAAAGCAAUUUUUCAGAGAUCUGCCUGAACCUCUUCUCACGAGCAAGCUGGGAGAAACUUUUCUCCACAUCUAUCAGUAUGUUCCAAAAGAACAACAGCUUCGGGCAGUUCAGGCUGCCAUAAUGUUGAUGUCAGAUGAAAAUCGGGAGGUUUUGCAGACCUUGCUCUGCUUCUUGAAUGAUGUCACCUCUGUGGAAGAGAAUCAAAUGACUUCCAUGAAUAUAGCAGUGUGUCUGGCCCCUUCUCUUUUUCAUCUCAACAUCAUCAAGAAAGAAAGCUCGCCACGAGUAAUACAAAAGAAGUACACAACCGGGAAGCCAGAUGAGAAAGAUCUCAGUGAAAAUCUAGCAGCUACUCAGGGACUGGCACACAUGAUCACUGAAUGUGAUAGACUUUUUGAGAUUCCACAUGAGAUGUUUUGCCAAUCUCGGAACUCUUACAUUGAGGCUAAAGUACAUUCUCCAACUUUGGAGGAUCUGGGCAAGCAAAUGGAUGAAGAAAAUGGGAAUUAUCAGACCUACAUAGAAAGUCUUAUACAGAAUCUUUGUAAAGAUGCUAAGGACAAAUUCAAAGGAUGGGUGACUUGUUCCAGCAUAGAAAAUACAGACCUCUGUUACAAAAAAGUUGGAGAUGGAAACCCAUUAAGACUAUGGAAGGCAUCUGUAGAAGUUGAGGCUCCUCCAUCAGUUGUCUUGAACCGUGUGCUAAGAGAAAGGCAUCUUUGGGAUGAGGAUUUCUUACAAUGGAAAAUUAUAGAAACCUUGGAUAAGCAGACCGAGAUCUGUCAGUAUGUUUUGAAUAGUAUGGCUCCCCAUCCGACUAGAGAUUUUUUAGUUCUCAGGGCCUGGAGAACAGAUUUGCCUAAAGGGAUGUGCGUGCUAGUGGCUAUCUCUGUAGAACACGAUGAAACUCCUUUGAUGGGAGAUGUGCGAGCAGUUGUCCUGGAUUCCCAAUAUUUGAUAGAACCUUGUGGCUCUGGAAAAUCUCGACUGACACACAUCUGCAGGAUUGACCUCAAAGGUCAUUCAUUAGACUGGUACAAUAAAGGCUUUGGACAUCGGUGUUUAGCCGAAGUGGCUAAUAUCAGAAAUUCAUUUCAGCCUCUGAUUGCUGAGGGACCAGAAACAAAAAUCUGAAUGAUGAAGAACCUGCAUGUAUAAAAUGCCAUGCAUACAUUACAACCACUGGAUUUACAUCUUUGUUUGCAUGCCGGCUAAAGAAGAGCUGCUUGGAAAAUUCUGCCAUUAUCUGGAUUUGUUAUAUACCAAAGUCCACAUUUAUUGAUUUCCUUCGCUGAAGAAGCCUUUUUCCACUGCUAUGUCUUUCUGACUUUAAAAUAAAUUUAUGUCCUGUAUAGUUUUGAUAUUUAAAAGCUUCUGGAAAGCUUAUUUUAAAGUGUUAAUAUGUAAUUAUUAUUAUACAAUAUAAAUAUUGUAUAUCUUUUGUUAUGUAUAAUAUGUGUAUAUAUUUACAUCUAUCUAUUUAUAGAUAGAUAACUGCUAUAUAAAAAGAAGUUCCAUAUAUAAACUAAUGUGUUCUAGAAAAAAAAUUCAUC